AUGAAUAACGAGCCUCUCAUAGAGCAUUCAGAUUUCUCAAGUACACUCCAGGAUGGUGCAGGAGAGGCAGAGAGACUUGGAAAGAGAUCUCCACUUGUAACUUUCCUUGAUCUUUCGAUUGGACCAACAAUAUCACAGCUCGUAUUCAAUGUUUAUACAAUCGUUAAUCAGUAUUGGAUUAGUAGAGCACUAGGUGAACCCGGUUUACAAGUUAUAUCUUCAAUGUUUCUUUAUGAUAUGUUAACAUUUGCAUUUUAUAACCUAUUUUUGAUAUCCACAAGCACACAUAUAUCAUACUUAUGUGGGGCCUCAAGAUUUUCUGAGAUUUCUCAAGUUGUAGUAGAUUUACUCCGCUUUUCAGUCAUAAUCGGUGCUGGUUUUGCUGCUGUCAUCAUUCCAACCACAAAAUUAAUAGUUAAGUUCCUUACUGGUGACGAUGGCAUUGCUUUCAAGGCCUUUGUUUAUAUGGCAAUUCAGGCAGGCGGCUCAGUCAUCAGUUUCUUCUAUUACACAAUAUGCGGCUUAUUAGAAGGUGAAGGAAGAGCUUGGCUUUUCAGUAUGGUCCAAUUUGCCACUUUAGUUCUUGAUAUGCUUGUAUUCCUUCCAAUAUUCCUCUUUGUUUUCCACUGGGGUGUUUGGUCUGCUGCAUUAUCAGGCCUUCUUGCGCAAUUCGUACCAUUAGUUGUAAUGUGGAUUAUGUUGAUGAGAGGAAAACUCUCAAUUAUGAUCAGAGGACCACAGUUCACAGCCAAGUUUUCAAAGGAAACAUGGAAAGCUCUCAACACAGGUACCGCUUCGUUCAUUUUGAACUUUUCCGAAGCAUUUCCACAUAUUUACCUUCAAAAGUUCGUAUAUACAGUUGCUGAACAUAAUGGAAUUAAAGAUGUUGUUAUGUCCAUGUGGUCUACAAUGACAAGACUUUACAUGUUCUCAUUAUCUAUUUUAGCAGCCUUAGACUCCGGCUUUUUACCACCAGCAUCAUAUGCAUAUGGUGAAAAGAAGUACAGCAGAAUCAAGGCAUUGCUAUUCCAUAUGUCUUGGAUUUCCUUCAUUUGGGCUGUAAUUAACGCCGUUGGCAUUUCACUUUUCCCACGUCAAAUAUUCUCAUUGUUUACAAAGGACAAAGAUGUUUUGAACUUCCUUCCAAACACUAUUUGGAGAAUUUGGGCAACAUUACCUUUGUAUCUUAUCCAUGAACAGGUUAUUUCAUAUUUACAAGCUGUUGACAGACCACAUCGUGCUACAAUUGUAUCAGUUCUUACAAUGGCUAUUCCUAUUCCAACAAUUUCUACAAUUAUUUACUACACAAAGAAAGACGAUAUCCAUUGGAUGUUCAAUACAUAUCUCUUUGAAGAUGUAGGAACAUCCCUUAUCGCUCUUUCUGGAGCAGCUACAACUCUUUGGCAGAUGUGGAGAUUAAAGGAUGGCAAAACCUUCCAGGGUGAAGAAACUAAGGAAGGAGAUGCUGCUUCCAAACAGCUUGAAUCAUACCAGUCUGUUCCAUCUUCUGUUUUAGAUAUUCCUUCUCUUAUGGAACCAACAACAUCUAAUACAUGA